AUGAGUUUACAUGUCGGGAUAGUGGGUGCGGGUAUCGGCGGCCUUGCUGCGGCCAUCGGCCUACGACUUGCUGGCGCGCAAGUAACGGUGUUAGAAGCUGCGCAAGAGCUUGGAGAGGUAUAUCACCUUACCCUAAAUCGGUGCCGGAAUCCAAAUGACGCCCAAUGUUUCCGUCCUCCUUCAGCGCUGGGGGUCGACAAGGUCAUUGGGAAGAACCUCGUCCAGUUUGAAGAGCUGAACAUGCGGCGCAAGGACGGAACUCGCGUCGGACACACAAAGAUCGCUACGUUGGAGGAGAGCCUCGGUCGACCAUGGUGGGUAGUGCACCGCGCGCAUCUGCACGACGGACUCGUGGUGGUGGCUCGACAGCUCGGUGCAGAGAUUCUCGUCGACGCCGCCGUUACGCGGAUUCACUACCGAGAUUCUCGACAGGCUACGGCCGAGACGUACAAGGGUAAGAAAUACACGUUUGACCUCAUCAUUGGGGCGGAUGGGAUCAACAGCAUUGCUCGAAAGACGCUAUUCCCCGACGUCGCACCCGAACCGCCGACGACAAACUGCGCGUACCGCGCCCUGGUUCCGUAUGACCAGAUCCGCAAGGACCCGGUCGCGAGGGAACUGAUUGAGAAACUGACGAUGGAGGUGUGGAUGGGAGAGAACGCGUACAUCAUCACUUACCCCAUCAGCGGCGGAGACAUGUUCAACCUGGUACUCUCGCACCAUCGCCCCGAGAAACUACGAUCUACGGAGAACGAUGUGCCUAUUGAGGAACUGUGGAAUGAGUACAAGGACUUUGAUCCCCGGAUCAAGAGAAUCGUCGACAUGAUUGACAAGACGUCUCGAUGGCCGCUCAUGGUGACCGGUCCCAUGAAAUCGUGGUCUUCUCCCAAGAAGAAUGUCGUGCUCAUGGGCGAUGCCGCCCACUCCAUGGUCAACCACAUGGCACAAGGAGCCGCCACAUCAAUGGAAGAUGGCGCGUUCCUGGCCAGGUGCAUUGCCAGGGUCGUGAAGGGCCAGAUUAGACUGGACGAGGCCAUCCGUAUCUAUGAAGAAGAACGCCAGCCCAAGGCGUACGCCAAGCAACAAGUAUCAUUCCUCAACGGCGCCAUCUGGCACCUCCCCGACGGCCCCGAGCAGAUUGCCCGUGACAAAGCCAUGGCCCCUGAGCUGGAGGGCAAGUACUACGUCCGUAGCAGCAACUUGUACGGUGACCCUCAAACAGUGUUGGAGGUCUACGGUUACGACGUGGAGCAGCAUGCCGAGGCUGCCCUGGACAAAUACGUCAACGGCGGAAGGGAACCUUUCCACCCUGACACCGGCGUCACCGAAACGGUUGCGGAGAAGUAUAUUAAUUGGUUUUUGCCAGAGUCGGCCAAGAUCAAAUCGCGCGAGGCAAAGUCCAAGCUCUAG